CGUCAUCUUCUUCCAAUAAAGAUACCAAAAGGUGGGGAAGCAAGAUUGGACAUCUUCCAUACCAAGAUACGCUGAUUGUAGUCUCCUUCUGGAUAGUCGUUCGAGACCUCAAGGGCCAACAGCAGACUUGCCUUACCAGUGCAGUCUCACCGAGGAUGAACAACCCACAACAUCGCUCCGUCCUGGCCCCUUCAGCCACGACCAUACCCUCUUCCAAGAUCCCACCCACAAGAGGAAACACCUCCAUCUGUCCCGCCACCCAUUCCACAUAUGACUACUACUCCUCUUCUCUCCUCAGAGAACUCAACCACGGCAGCGACGGCGAUGCCACCAGCGCCAGCACCAGCACCAAUUUCGCUCCCUUGUCGAAAGAGACGGUCGGACUUAUAUGGCUCGAUAGCGGUGGACCUCCUGCCGCUAAAAAAUUGGGCGAGGUGCUGCGAGAGUACCCGCAGAUCAAAUGGGUACAACUGGGUCUUGCUGGAGUCAAUGCCUUUGAACAGCUCAUCAAGAGCAGAACGGACAUUGUUUGGACUAGCGCAAAGGGCUCCUUCGCCCAGCCAGUAGCCGAGCACGCCCUAUCUCUCCUUCUCUCCCUCCUACGCAACAUCCCCACCCGAGUCAGAGCCAGCAGUUGGGGUUCUCCAUCCGGCCUCUCCCUCUUCUCCCGUCACGUCACCAUCCUCGGUGCAGGUGGGAUUACCCUCGCCCUCUUAGCCCUCCUUGCGCCAUUCGAAGUGGAUAUCACCAUUCUGAGGCGAAAGGCAGAGUCUUUAGAAGAGGAAGUGCUCCCAGCCUACUACAGGAGCUCAGCAGCGGGAGCGGGUAGAUUGAGCGUACGCUCCUUCAAGGAGCUCCACUCCGUUCUCCCCUCGAGCGACGCACUCGUACUAGCUGCAGCCCUCACUCCUGAAACACACAGCAUCAUCGGCUCUCUCGAACUGUCCCUCUUACCAAAACAUGCCGUAUUGGUGAAUGUCGCCCGUGGUGAACACGUACAAACUCCUGCUCUCGUCGAUGCACUUCAAACGGGAGUCAUUUCAGGAGCAGGACUAGAUGUGACUUCUCCCGAACCACUACCGGAAGAUCAUCCCCUCUGGUCUUUACAACGUCACAAUGAUGCAGACUUUGAGGAAGAGUUGCAACCUGAUAAGAGGGGAAACUUGAUCAUUACACCGCAUACAGCGGAUACGCCUGCAAUGGUAAGGCCGUUGCUGGUGCAGCGCUUUGUGGCAAAUGUGAGGGCGCUGAGAGGUGGAGAGGGGAGGUUUGAGGGAGUGGUUGAUCCGGUGUGGGCAUAUUAAGAGGUGUAGAAGGGAGCAGGGGAGAGGGGAGGGAAGGGCAGCGCAUACUUGCAGAA